AAGAAUAAUAAUAUUAAGCAACCGAAUCUCGAAGCCUAUAAUUUUUCUUUCCUAUCCUGUUUCACUCGUCACCAACUCCCUAUACAGUGAUGCUGCUCGUUUGAGCUCUUAUCUCUUCCCCAUUUGUCUGGCUUAGUUCUGCGGAAAGAAGGGAAAAAUCUCAGUUUAAUCUGCAAUAUGAGAGGAGGCCUAUGGCAGCUUGGGCAAUCCAUCACACGCCGCCUUGGUCAGGCUGAUAAAAAGGCUGUAGCACGUCGAUGUUUUGCUUCUGAAGCUGAACUCAAGAAAACUGUUCUGUAUGACUUCCAUGUCGCCAAUGGUGGGAAGAUGGUGCCCUUUGCUGGAUGGAGCAUGCCAAUCCAGUACAAGGACUCAAUUAUGGACUCCACUUUGAAUUGCAGGGAGAAUGGUAGCCUCUUUGAUGUCUCCCACAUGUGUGGGCUCAGUCUCAAGGGAAAGGAUUGUAUUCCAUUCCUUGAGAAGCUUGUCAUUGCUGAUGUUGCUGGCCUUGCCCCUGGGACCGGAACCCUCACUGUCUUUACAAAUGAGAAAGGAGGGGCAAUUGAUGAUUCGGUGAUCACUAAGGUGAAGGAUGAUCACAUAUACCUGGUUGUGAAUGCGGGUUGUAGGGAUAAGGAUCUUGCACACAUUGAGGAGCACAUGAAGGCAUUCAAAGCCAAGGGUGGGGAUGUCUCAUGGCAUAUACAUGAUGAGAGAUCUCUUCUGGCUCUCCAGGGUCCUCUUUCUGCACCAGUUCUUCAGCAUUUGACAAAAGAUGAUUUGAGCAAGGUUUACUUUGGAGAAUUCCAAAUGUUGGAUAUCAAUGGGGUGCACUGCUUUCUCACUAGAACUGGGUAUACAGGUGAAGAUGGCUUUGAAAUUUCUGUACCUUCAGAGCAUGCUGUAGAUCUUGCGAAGGCAAUCUUGGAGAAAUCUGAAGGGAAAAUAAGGUUGACAGGGUUAGGUGCUCGGGACAGUCUGCGGCUUGAAGCUGGUCUAUGUUUAUAUGGAAAUGACAUGGAACAGCAUAUAACACCUGUAGAAGCAGGACUUACAUGGGCCAUAGGGAAAAGAAGAAGAGCAGAAGGUGGUUUCUUAGGUGCUGAUGUGAUCCUCAAACAGCUUGAAGAGGGUCCGGCAAUCAGACGUGUUGGCCUUUUCUCACCUGGCCCUCCUCCAAGGAGCCACAGUGAGAUUGUUGAUGAUAAAGGUGAGGGCCUUGGGGAGGUGACUAGUGGAGGCUUCAGUCCAUGCCUCAAAAAGAAUGUAGCAAUGGGGUAUGUGAAAUCUGGAUCACAUAAGCCAGGGACUAAAGUUAAGAUUGUGAUUCGAGGGAAAUCUUAUGAAGGAGCUAUCACUAAAAUGCCGUUUGUGCCUACAAGAUACUACAAGCCUCCUAGCCCACCCAAAAAAUGAGUUUCUGCUCUUGGUUUCUUCUCCCCCCCAACCCCUUUUGACAUAUUCUGAUGGAAUGUAAUACUGUAAUUAAGACUUAAUAUUUUCUCUUCCAAGAAUUUGAAUUGAAUUAAGACCACUUCUUUUA